UGACAGUUUUAACUAACUUUCUUUCAAAUUCCUCGCACCAAUUGGAUCGUUGACCUCUUAUCACUAUCCAAUUAUUCGAUUGUGUUUCUCUUCUAAACAUUUCCGAAUCCAAACUUUUCUCAGAAAAAAAAAAAAAAAAAAAAAAAGAAAUUUCAGAAAAGGAGGUAAUGGAGGCGGAAAUCGAAUCCAAUUCAUAUGGUAGUUUCAAGCUGUGGAGCGAAUUGGAAUUAGAGGAGUUCGCCGAUAAAUUAGUGUUUAAAUCUGUGGAAUCGCCGGAUCAAGGCUUCUGUAUAAACCGAUUCGAUGGAAAUAUCGACAAGCUUGACAACGGUGAUGGUCCUUCUGGAAGUCCUAACGUCUCAAGUCCUAAAGUCUCGACUGUAUAUGGCGUCGCUGGAACAAUUAGGUUACUUGCAGGUACAUAUGUGAUGGUUAUAACUUCUAGGAAGGAAGUUGGAAAUUAUCUUGGUUUUCCUGUUUUCCUGGUUACAUCAAUGAAGUUUAUAUCCUGCAAUGAAGCUUCAAGAAACUUAACUAGUCAAGAAAAAAGGGAUGAAGAUUACUUUAUGACUCUAUUGAAGACAAUUGAAUCAACUCCUGGCUUGUAUUAUUCUUAUGGAACUGAUAUAACACUGAACAGCUUGCAGAGGAGAUGCAAGUUGGCAAAAGGAUGGGAGAGUAAGCCGAUUUGGAAGCAGGGUGACCCACGAUUUGUUUGGAACCGGAAUUUAUUAGAGGAGCUUAUUGAGAAUAAGCUUGAUGAAUUCAUCAUCCCUUUAUUACAAGGAAGCUUUCAGACUGGAGAACUGAAGUUAAAAGAUUCUCCUGCUAUUAUUAAAAUAGUUUCACGGAGGUGUACGAGGCGCUUAGGAACAAGAAUGUGGAGACGAGGAGCCAAUUUAGAAGGGGAUGCUGCUAAUUUUAUAGAAACCGAGCAGCUGCUGGAAUUUAAAGAUCAUAUAUCUUCUUUUCUGCAGGUUAGGGGCUCAAUUCCACUUCUAUGGGAGCAAAUUGUUGAUUUGAGCUACAAACCGCAUCUUCAACUAAUUAAUCAUGAAGAUACAUCUAUGGUUGCCGAACGGCAUUUUAAUGAUCUAUUGAAGUGUUAUGGAGGGUGUAUUGUGGUUGACUUGACAGAUAAGCAUGGAGAUGAGGGUAUGUUAAGUGCAGCUUAUGAAGAAGAAAUGCAAAAACAUCCAAAUGUGAGGUAUGUCUCAUUUGACUUCCACCAAUCAUGUGGCCAUGGAAACUUUGAUAAUAUCCAACUUCUGUACGACGAAAUUUCUGAAGACUUUGAGAAGCAAGGAUACUUCCUUUUAGAUUCUGAAGGAAAGAUUCUAGCAGAACAGGAGGGAGUGGUUAGAUCGAACUGCAUUGAUUGCCUUGAUAGGACAAAUGUAACACAGAGCUACCUUGCACAAAAAUCUUUGAAUUCUCAGCUACAGAGAAUGGGAGCCAUUUCUUCAACUGAAAGCAUUUCAAUGUUCAGUGAAGAUUUUGAAGUUUUUAAGACCUUAUGGGUAGAGCACGGGGAUGAGAUAAGCCUAGAGUACUCUGGAACUCAUGCUUUAAAGCGGGACCUUGUAAGGUAUGGAAAACAGACAUUGUCUGGUAUUAUUAAAGAUGGGAUAAGUGCCCUGUCAAGAUAUUACUUAAAUAAUUUUCAAGAUGGGGUUCGGCAGGAUGCUAUCGAUCUCAUCUGUGGUCACUAUACUGUGAGCAGAAUUAGACCCUCUCCACUCCAGCCUAAAGGAAUCGAUACCCUCUCAUACCUUCCAGUUGCAUCUGCUUUAGUAAUUGGGGGCUUGACUGUGACGUCAAUCACAUUAAAUCAAGCAGGUCGAAAUGCACAGCAGUAUCUAUCUUCUGUGGUCUGCGCUGGGCUAACUGCUGGAUUGAUGGCUGUUGUUAAGGCCAAUGGGAGGCAAAUAUGUUCGAGGCCUCGCUUGUGUGGUCUGUUUUAGGCAACGCUUGUACACUAGCCAAGACAAGUUUUUCGAAAUUUGUCUAAUAAAACUAAGAAUAGAAGAGGUGGUGAUGAACUGUGAAACUCAAUUAUUUCGCAAUGUAUAAAUUUACAUCACUUUGUUAUU